AUGUUAGCAGCGAAGAAAUUACAAGGUCUUCAUGCAAUUAAAUAUAUAAUUUUCCCUAUUGUUCUAGAAGGGAAAGAAACGAUAAUGCUAAGAGUUCUAUCACUCAGAAAAUUUUACUUCUAUAAAACGAAAAAAACCAGACCAAAUAUUGCUAACGGAUUCGGACAGAUAGAACUGGUGUCUGAUACUGAUAAUAUUCCGAAGAUGUGGGAGCAAAGAAAAGAAAAUAAUCUCCUUCUGGGCAAUGGAACAAUCGCGAAUAAACGCAAAUUUGAUAUUCCUUACUACAGUGAGGGUGCAAGAGCAUCUUUAAUAAGGAAUAUCUUUUCAGAUGCUUAG